UCCUUCCUCUCUCAAUUUCGAUGGCGUGCAGUGACCCUACAACCGCUCCCAACCCCACCACCACCUCUCCGUCGUCUCCUCACUCACUCUCUCCACCCUCAUCCUCUACUCCUCCCCCUCCCACCAUCGUCCUCAGCCCUUGUGCCGCCUGCAAGAUUCUCAGGCGGCGCUGCGCCGAAAAAUGUGUGUUAGCUCCCUACUUUCCUCCCACCGACCCCGCCAAAUUCACCACCGCUCAUCGCGUCUUCGGCGCCAGCAACAUCAUCAAGUUCCUACAGGAGCUUCCAGAGUACCAGCGCGCCGAUGCUGUGAGUAGCAUGGUUUAUGAAGCUCAAGCCAGGAUUAGAGACCCAGUCUAUGGGUGUACGGGAGCGAUCUGUCAGCUGCAAAAACAAGUCAGCGAGCUUCAAGCGCAAUUAGCAAAGGCGCAAGCCGAGCUCGUAAACAUGCAAUGCCAGCAAGCAAACCUUAUAGCUAUAAUUUGUAUGGAAAUGUCAGAAUCUCCUCAACCCUCUUCCUUCCAACAGUCACUUGACAGCUUUAUCAGCCCUCCAAGCUAUCAAAGCGGCUCCUGCUUCCUUGAUGACAACAUCACCGGAGCUGCAUGGGAGCCUCUCUGGACAUCAUCUUUAUAAAUUAAUUAAUUAAUUAGAUAGUUGAUUUAGGAGACAGGAGUUGAAUUAAUUCCCCUAACUCUGAGCUAAUGGGAGAAGGAGACACUAAUAGUAUAAGGUAAUUAAUAAGAUUUAAAAUAUUAUAAGGUAUGAAGAAAGGAGAAAAAUUAAAGCAAGGACCAUUGAUGUACGACUGUAUCAAUGUCAUCUUUAAUAUAAAGCGAAGUUAAUCCUCCACCCCAUGUUUGAUUUUAUUUUAUCGAUGGAUUGCUUUAUUUUUUUGUUCUAACUUUGGAUGCUCUUAAGGUUGAAUCUACAACAACUUUGAU